UUCAGAUACCAGCUUUUCUGGAACUGUAUUAAUAUUUGGUAAAUUGUAUUAUGCUCGCAGAUUCUAAUUUGUUUUUAGAUAGUUGCAUUGUAAUUUAAGUUUUUAAUCGAAGAUGUGAUGAAAUACUCGGUAAAAUUAGUUACGCAGAUACUAAUAACUAUGGAGACGAAUUUCGUAACUAUACCCUCAUUAAGAUGGAGUUUUAAUUUGGAUGAUUGGAAACCAAAGCAAGAUGAAUGGGUUUUGGCUUUUAGCUGCCUACAACCAGAGGAAAGGCUUCGGAUAGAUAGAUUUGUAUUUGCAAGGGAUGCUAAAGCUUCACUUGUAGGAAGGCUUAUGAUCAGGAAAGUGCUUUCUGAAACAUUUUCUAUUCCAUAUAAAGAGCUAACUAUAAGCCGUACAGAGAAAGGAAAGCCCACGUUUCAGAAUGUAUUGGAAACAGACUUUGAUUUUAAUAUCUCUCACAAUGGUUCCUACUGUGUGUUAGCUGCUGAACCUGCAUGUAAAGUUGGAAUUGAUGUCAUGAGAAUUAAGUAUUCUGGAGGAAAACCAGUCCCUGAUUUUCUCAAGCUGAUGAGAAGACAGUUUGCACUAUCUGAAUUUAAUUAUAUUGUUUCACCUGGAUUAGAAAAAGAUCAGUUAAAACGAUUUUACAGACUCUGGUGCCUAAAGGAAAGUUAUGUCAAAGCUGAAGGAAUCGGGAUUGGCUAUAACCUUCAACGCUUGUGCUUUGACUGUAGUAAAACUCCCUAUAAUGAAGUUGGAAAACUGAUCUCUGACACUACGCUCGCGAGGGAUGAUAAAGUUCUUCCAGGAUGGAUCUUUGAAGAAACUCUCUUAGAUGAUGAUCAUAUUGUCACUGUUGCACUUGAAAGGCAGAAUGAUAAGGUACAUUUUACAAGCAGAGAAUCAACCUCAAGUUUUUUUGAACGUCUUACUUUCCAAAAACUUAUUGAAAAUGCUCAGCCUCUUUCACUACUUGACUUAAAUUCCUGGAGAAUAUUUUCCGAAAAACCUGAAAAACCUGGAUGCUAAUAAAUUGUCAAGAAGUGAUUAGCAGUCUGGAUCUCUUCUUUAUAUUAAAAGUGUAAUCCCCUCUUAUUUAAACUAGGAACUUGGUGCAAAAAAAUAAUGCAUAGUAAUGAUAAUUCAAUAAAGUAAAAUAAAUUAAUUAAUAUAACUAAAACAAAAGCGUUAGCUUGUUGUUGGUCAGUUACCUUCCUAUGGUCAAUGGUUUGAAAAUAGGAACAAUGCCAAAGUACCUGGAAUAUGAACCGACAACAUGCCACGACAUGAGUCCAUAAUUGAAGGGAGGAGAGCCUGUGCUUUGUCUAGUGCUAAAAACUUGUACAGUGUAACCCUAAGACUACUGUGAUUGACUGGUACCAGAUUAUUUAACUAAAGUAUUCAGUGUUACAGUACCAUGUUAAAAACUGUUUUAAGGAAGUAUGCUGUAUUUAAGUUGAUUUUAAGUAUGUGGUAUAGUGAAACAUUAUUGAGUUACUGUCUGUUUCUCAGAUAGGAGAGAAAGUAUUUAUUGACUGAAUGAUAUCCUGAGUAUUUAGAUACAAAGUCAGCACCAGUUUACAGUACCCUGAACAUGAUAGUGUGGUACAGUACCAUGUUGCAACAAUGACACAAUAGAAUAUAUUCCCUAGCCUAUCAAUGGUGAUUGAAAAGAUGAUGUAGUUACAUGUUAAAGAGUGAAAACAGCAAGGAUAUGCAACUGAUGACUUAGGGCAGAGUGGUGAGAUAAGAUAUUUGUAGUUUGUGUGUUAGCAAGGAU